AUGUGUGACCCAGACAAUCCAAGUGACAAUUCCCUUGUAAAUACUGGAUGUCUAAAUAACACUCCGGUUGGUAAUACUACUCUGAAUUAUAUUAUGGAGUCGAUCAUUCGGCAACGACAGCUUUGUACUGAAAACAUUCCAAAAAAGAGUUUUGAUGUUACCUUCAUCAACUCUCAUAACGAUUUCUGGUUUAAUUUGUUUACUCAAGCAUUUCUUUCACCGGCUUUGGAGAAUUCAGUCGACGGACCAGGAGAUGACCUUCUGUUUUUUGUCCAUCUCCUUAAACAAAAGGAUAGAAAACCAGAAUUGAGUGUAUUUCGUAGAAACAGUUCAAACCUUCCAAAAUUGACAGAUGAUUAUGUCGAUUGGGAGGAAACAGUGUAUCUCAACUUACUCAUGCAAUAUUUUGUUUAUGUUGUGACAGUUGCUGUAUGUACUCGUACUGGACCUCAAGAGUGGCAAAUUUUGAAGAAAUUUUCUCAAACUGUUUAUGCAUCUCCUAGUCAUAGACAAAUGAAUAUGAAAGGAAGUUAUGAAGAAAUAGUUUACCCAGAUCUCUAUUUUACGAUUGAUAAUUAUGAAGAGGCAUUUGGUGAAUGUGUUCUGCGAGAUAGUGAAUGCAUUAAUGUUGAAUUAACUGCUUAUGAUCGUCAUGGACGUGUACAUGGUGUUUGCUUUCUUGGCACUGUUUCCUAUGAUACCAUUAAACAAUUUUAUGACCGUUCAUCCCAAGCUUGUUCAACUGGUAAUCUUGUUAAUCACCGUUCUGGUUAUCGAGAUAAUCGAAUGUCAAACAGUUAUUAUUCAUCUUCGUCUCCUCCGAAUAUUGAUUAUACAUCAACUCGGUUUAUGAGGGUAAUUGGACCACAAGCCAAAGGAUCAGCUGAAAUGGCAAUUAAACCUAUGAAAAAUGUUACACAACAACAAUCAUUGGAUUUUUCUGAAACGGAAGAAAUGAACCGUACAAAUUUUCUUACAAAAUGUUGUCAACCUGUUUGUCCAUCAGAAUCGGAAAUGGAGUAUAAAUCUUCAGAUAAGUGGAUGUGGAACAACAUAAGUUGGAUAAAUAAAACAGUGCGUUCUGAAGUAAUUACUGAACAACCAAUUAUAGAGGCAUGUAAACCAACCAAUCUUGACUAUUACAAUUUUUUAACAUGGACCCAUUUAAAUAGAACCAUCCCUAACAAUCAAGAGUCUGAGCUUCUUCAAAACAUCCACAUGGAUGCCAUACCAACAUUGCACCCAUCACCUUGGUCUGUUAAGUCUGCUGGAGCAAGUUUACACACAAGUCCUGUUCGAAGAUUCAAGGAUAGUGUAGGGAGUAAAUAUGCGACUCCGCAGAACAGUCAACAUGAAUUCUUACCCAUAUUCAGCCGUAAAUGCAAAUUCAGAUCUGUAAAUACAAUAAAUUUGUACCAAGAAUCGAAGCCAUCAAAGGUCUCAGAAAUUCUCAAUGGAUUUACAGGUGUCAUGACGAAACAGUCCUUAAGUAAUGUUCAUCGAACAAAAUAUAUCUCUAUAAAUUCUACUAAUAAAACAAGUCAUAAAAACUCUACUAAUAUCAUAAUGUCACUUCCAACUAUGCAUGGUGAUGAUCACUGCAACAAUGACCAAUUUGGAAAUUUCGAUCUGUAUAAAGGUCAUUUAUAUGAAAAUCCCCUCACAAUAUCUGAUCGAAACGACAGUUCAUUUGGACAAGCAUGGUCUUGGUUCAAAGAAAGAAGACGAGUUACUUCAGUUAGCUUGAUUGCUAGUCCAACAUUUAUCACACUCCCUUGUCAAAAUAUCCUUGUUGAACUGCUUGAAGUCAGAAGAGAACCUAUCCUAAACUUUACCAAUCAGUAA